GCAUCUAUAUAUGAGGUGUGAGUCUUUGAUUCAGUGCAUGUUAGUGGCAGGAUGAAGACCUUGCACAUACUCUUGUUUGCUGCAGCUUUCAGCAUCCUCAAUUUUAAUGCCACACAUGGAGGGGAAAUCAUCAAUGGCAAGAAAGCCAAUAAGGACUCACUGCAGUACAUGGCAUCUGUGCAGUGGUAUAACCAGCAGCACAGAUGUGGAGGAUUCCUCAUAAACCCUUGCUACGUGCUCACCGCUGCCCACUGUGACGAAAAUGGCCUUAGUGUGGUCCUUGGGACUCAUAAUAUCGAUCCGAAAAAGAAUUUGAGAAGAUACAUGAUGCAAAGCAAGUACAUACACCCAUCAUAUAUGCUGGGCAGACCCACUGACGGGUUUGACAUCAUGCUCCUGAAGCUUUCAGAGAAUGUCAAUCUGAAUAAUAAAGAUGUGAAGACCAUCAAAAUUCCAAGCGACCGCAACAAGAUUGAGCCCAAUAUUAAGUGCCAGGUUGCAGGAUGGGGAAGAACCAAAACCAAAGCCCAGCAGACUGACCUCAUGGUGACUGAUGUGCCCAUCAUAAAUAUCACAGUCUGUGAGAAGGAGUGGAAUAAAAUGAAGAUUCAACUCCCAGCUAACAUUCUGUGUGCAGGAGGCUAUGGAACUGAAAACGGAGCGUGCCAGGGUGAUUCUGGUGGGCCUCUGGUAUGCAAUGGUCUGGCAGUGGGCAUUGUGUCCUUCAACUAUAAGAACAAUUGCAAUUAUCCAAAUUUUCCUAAUAUCUACACUGAGAUUUCAGCUUACAAAGACUGGAUUGACAAAGUAAUCAAGGAAAAUGCUUGUUGAAAAUGCGUUGCUUAACUUGAUAUCAUGGAUAUAAGGUUUGUAAUCCUUAAAUGGCAGAUUUCUGGAGUCUUUCUGCAAACAAUGUUUCGGCUAUAUCUCUGAACUUAAACAGAAAUUAAAGUUGUCAGGCAUGUA